AUGCCAUCGGCUCAUCUAGUUAUUUGUUAUCCCACCCAUUCUUUUUCCUUUUUUGUUGUUCAUAUAUUAUACCAUAACCAUCAAGUCAUCACUCAUCAGUUCAAUUUUAAAUUCACGUUACUUUUCAAAUCACUUUACUUUUGCUCUAAAUACUAAGCACCACCAAGAGUGUCACUUGCUUCCCUUCUUCAUUCGCCGAGCAGUGUGCUUCCUGGUAACUCAGAAUCGAACCGGCUCGGCGUCCUUCGUCCUCAGCCUCGUCCGUUGCGGCGUUGCCGCCUCCGCAAGAAGUGAUUAACGCUGAAAAGGUUAGUGAGAGCACUCAAUUGACAGUGCCCAAUGGGUGUGGAUGCGAGAUUUGCAUCUUUGUUGCAGAAUUUGAGGGUGCAAGAUCCAUGGGUUCCACCAAGCACAUGGGAAUCCAUACCCUCUGAAAGUGGACUCCGCCCCUCGUUUCCUUCUUCCUCCGUCUCAGAUCAAACCCUCUCCGCUCUCUCUGAAUCAAGUCUUGUGAGGCUGGCGACAAAUGCUUUGCAAGGUGUAAAAUCAUCUGUUCUCAGCAUCCAACAACUCUCUGCCUUAUUUUGUUCUGAUCCAGCUGACAGGACCUUCCACCACAUUUCCAGUCUUUGGAAUCGGGCUUCCAGCACUCGAUCUUUGGGAAACUUGCUUACAUCUAUAGGGUCCACCAGCUCUCUAGUUAUUCUUAUCCGUGAAUUUGUAGGUUAUUUUACAAUUAUGAAUCUACAGGACAGUUUUCAAAGUCAAAAUGAUCAAGAGUUCCCUCCUUAUAGUCUUGUUAAUCAAGCCUUUGCAGUUGCUGUGGGAAAGGUCUUGGAAGGGUACCUUUGUGGAUUGGACACGGUUCAUGCGUCUAUAGCUUUAAGACAUUCAUCAAAGGAUGUUGAUGUUGAUGUUGAUUUCCCUGCAUCCGGAUGUUUGAAGAGUGUAGUGCAUUCUGAAAUUACGCUGCUUGAGUUUUACUUGCAUACUAAAGAAUUAAGAACUUGGGUUGAAGCCCUUGCAAGCAUAUGCAACCUACAAAAGUGGGUCCUUCGCUUUUCAGAAAUUUCUCUGGAGGAGGUGAUUACUGAAGCUAUGGCUGAGUUUCGUCACUACUACAGAGGAGGAGAUCUAUUGACAUUUUUGUAUGCACAGUUACAGGUUGCUGAUACUGCUCAUUGUACACUUCUCAAGUUUCUCUUUCUUCAAUCAUGUGAACCAUAUUGUGGGUUCAUAAGAUCGUGGAUUUUCAAAGCAGAAAUCCAUGACCCAUAUAAGGAGUUUAUUGUAGAAAACAUGGAGUGUUCACCUCCUAAGUCUCAUCUUAAAUCUAGCAAUUCUAUGGACGUUCCAUCAACACAUAUCAGAGUGAGAGAUGAUGUUUCCAUUCCUGAAUUUCUUAAAGACUUCCUGGUUCCACUUGUUAGAGCUGGUCAGCAGCUGCAAGUAUUGUUAAAAUUGGUUGAACUUUGUGUACAUGUUACUUCUGGAGAACAUAGUUCUGAAGACUUUCUUCCUUGCUGGAGUGGCUUUGCUAGUAGUAUUACAUCUUAUUCUUCUCCGUUGACUUUCAGCAGAGAUGUUAUAGAUGUUAUGGUGAUUGCAAGGGAAAACUAUUUUGAAAGGAUGAAUGAAAAAAUUGAUAGCCUACUCAGCAGCUUAGAAAUCAGAUACCAACGGGUAGCUACACAUGCUUCAGUAUCUUUUGAUAAUGUUGGAGGAGAUCUUGACAAACUAGAACAGGUCAUGGAAGAAGAUGAAUCUAUUGUCCGUUCAACAGCAGAUAAAAGAAGUUCAAACAUGGAUGCUGAUAGUAUGGACUCUGAUUCCUCAAGAAGACUUCACGAAUUAUCUUUGUUGGAUGAUAUGUACAGUUCAUCUGAGAGUUUGUCCUUAAAUGGCUCUGAAGAGCAAUUGGAUUCUGAUCAGCAUCAUGACUGGCCUUGUCUCAUAGUUGGGGGACAAAAUCAGUUAUCUGCUUUAAGUUUCUUGAAGGGUACUACCUUGAAUAGUUCAAUACAGGAUUGUUGUCAUCAUGAGAAGCCAGGGAGUGAUUCACAUGGAAUUUGUGAUAAUACAGAUGCCAGUGAUCAUUUGCUAAAGUCUUCCCAUGAGGGAGUGAUAUCAAAUAACAUGUCUAAUCCUCUAAAUUCAGGGAAUUCACAGUUCCCUUGUGUAUUCAGUAUUCAGUAUAGAUACAGUAUGACUGACAGUUAUUCAGAAAUGGGGAACUUAUUGAAUAACUCAGUUGAUGAUGAUGAAUCAAUUGUGCGAAAGAUAACUGAAAAGCAACCAGGAUCCCUGGGAUACUCCAUAUCAUGCCAUGAUGUUUUAUCCAUUAAGGAUAAUUUUAUUUGGACAGCCACAAGUGAGGCUCAACCUGAUAAUAAUUCAUUUACUUCAAAUUUGUAUACUUUACAACUGCAAAAAGUUGGUCAUAAGUAUAAUAUUCCUAAUCUCCUUAGUAUGAAUCCAAUGUUAACAAGAAAUGAGUUGCUUCACUGGAUGGAUGGGAGUGGAGAAAGAUUCAAAGCCAACCAUGAACGUCCUUUCCCGUAUGUAAACUUUUCGACAGUGGAGGACCCAUGUAAGGUUUAUAUGGACAAGUUAUUCAUCGGUUCUAGAGCUACAAGUGCAUCUUCAAUUCCAUUGAAUGGUAGUGCAGCCAAUUAUGGUAACAAGAAUACUAAAUAUGGUGAAAUGGGAAUUGGUACAGAAGAUGGGCUGGCUGAUAUCCCCAAACAAAAUUUUGAUGCUUCAUUGGACUUGAUGGACCAUAAGCAAGAUGCAGUUGUAUGUGGAGGGAGCACUUGGGAAAGAUUGCUACAUAGUUUUAGUGAUACUAAGAAUUGUGGUGCUACUCGCAGUCACAGUUUUUCAUCAGCCUUUGAGAUACCACUUGAUAUUAUACUUGACAAAUGCUUACUGCAGGAAAUCAUGCUUCAAUACAAGUAUGUUAGCAGACUAACCAUCAACGUGCUUGAGGAAGUAUUUGAGUUGCAAGAGCAUCUUUUGGCACUGCGCCGAUAUCAUUUUAUGGAGUUAGCAGACUGGGCAGAUUUGUUCAUCUUGUCUCUUUGGCAUCAUUGGUCUGUUACAGAAGCAAAUGAGAGACUCUCAGAAAUUCAAGGUCUACUUGAGUUGGCCAUUCAGAAGUCUUCUUGUGAACAAGACCCUAAUAAAGAUAGGUUGUUUGUGUACAUGAAAGGACAUGGAAAAUUACCUCUUUCCAAUUCUGCUAUAGGGGUACGCUCUUUCGAUUUCUUAGGACUAGGUUACCGCGUGGAUUGGCCGCUCAGUAUUGUUUUGACACCUGCUGCAUCUAAAUUAUAUGCUGAUAUAUUCAACUUUUUGAUACAAGUGAAGCUUGCCAUUUUCUCAUUGACUGAUGUAUGGCGCUCAUUAAAGGAUUUGGUGCAUACAACUGAGAAGGAUCUAAAUUCUGAACUACACCAUGAUGAGACACAACAUCUUAAUAUAUUGACCAUGAUGAGGCAUCAGAUCAACCAUUUUGUAUCUACUUUGCAGCAGUAUGUAGAAUCACAAUUAUCUCAUGUGUCAUGGUGCAAGUUGCUUCAUUCCCUUCAGCAUAAGGUGAAAGAUAUGAUGGAUCUUGAGUCAGUGCAUAUGGAAUAUCUUGCUGAUUCAUUAUGCAUAUGUUUCCUCUCUGAUGAUACAAGGGCAGUAGGCGGCAUUAUUGAAAGCAUUUUGCAAUGUGCACUUGAUUUCCGAUCUUGUCUUACAGUUGGUGUUUGGAGGACUGGAAGCAGUUGGGAAAAUUUAUCGGGCAAACUUUCCAAAAUCAAUAUACCUCAGGUGCUUUCCAUAAAGCAGAAGUUCGAUAGAAGCCUAAAAGAAUUGCACAAUUGGUAUAUUAAGGAACCUAAACAUGGGAAAUUUGGGCGUCAUUUCUGGGAAUCUCUCGAUUAUAAUAAAUAUUAUUCACAUGUCAUCAAUGAAAUGGGGCAGUAUGGAAUCUGAAGUUCGUCAGCAGUUUCGAUGAAUUGAUGGCUAUGUACUAUCAACCGAGGAGUAGAAGCUAGCCCCAAGAGUUUUUGCCCUCUGUGUGGCUGGGUGUUUUCAAAAUCCUCUCAGCAUUUCCAAGAUACAAUUGAUAUGGAUAUCUGGAAUGGAUAUAUGGUAAUUGGUAAGUGCCUAGACUGAUAAUGAAGGCAACGAAGACGCAUGUCUCCAGAUGAAUUUGCAGACAGCACGGCAGUACAACUGAACUGUGAGGAUUUCGUUGGAUUUGAUGAUACUAUGCAUUGGAUGACAAGCAAAGGAGGCACUGAAGGACUGCAAAGGCACUGAGGAACCAAGAAUGAAAGCGACCAAGACAAGGCACAAGACAUCUUUGGCCAUCUUAGUUAUUGCUACAAUUUCAAGUACUUUGAUUUUGUUGCAACGAUUUCCAUAGCUGAUAACCCCAAAACCGACCAUCAUGUUUCAGCAGAUGAUGACUCGACCGUUCUUAUAUUUUGCUUGUUUUGAAUGCUUGACAAACAAUGACUAGAGAGAGAGAGAGAAAGAGAGAGAGAGAUCCAACUAAAAAUAUAUUAGAAUAUUAGGCGAUGAUGGUAGAGUGUGUGCUUAUGAAUUUAUUUAUUUUUAAAAUUCCUUUUUCAUUAUCGACGGUAAGGAAGCCCGAAUCUUACUCAGAGGAUCUCUUUUCCGCAUGAAGAGUGCAAUUUAUUCUGCAUUUGACAUAUGUAAAAUACUAAAAUUUAAAAUUUAAUUUUAAAAUGA